GUGGCAUCUGUAGACGACAAAAAAAUGUGAUUUACGGCGUUUGAUGAUUAAAAGGUUUCCUUUUGCAAAGUGAAUACCUAGAACCCAUAGAUCAUUUUACGAAGGAGAGCCACACCAUUUUCUGAUGUAGGGAGGAUAGGAGGGGGGGGGGUCUUCAGUUAAUAAAAUAUUAUAAUUAAGUAUAAAUAUAUAUUUUUUCCUGUUACAACGUUAAGUUUAGUAUGAUUUCAACUAAUCUAGAGACAUAGAUUCCAUAUAUCAAAUAAUACUUACAGUAUUUAAUACAAAAAUCUAGAAAUAAACGGAAAAUUAAUAAAUAUCUUACUUUUUUCACGAUAACUUAAUGUUAAAUUUGCCGAUUCCGAUGAUUCAAACGACUCACUCAUUAAUCUGUUCAAGGCCACCACCCGACGCUCGCUACGCGUGCACGCACAAACAUCGCCUCUUCUCUUUCUCUUUUUGAAUUACUAGGUUCCUACGCGCUUGAAUAUGCCGAAGUGCAACAGGUAGUGACGAACGUAGAUAACAAAAUAAAAUCAAACAAAUGGGCUCGAGAUUUAUGUUGAAGAGGCAGAUAGCCGUUUUCUUUUACAUGCACAAGACAUGGCCCUCAAUGGCGCAUCAAAAAUUACAAUACACACGGUUGAUUCUGAUGUUGUGGUUAUAGCGAUAUCCUUUUAUUUCACACUUCAUGAUCUUAAAGAGCUGUGGAUAUCUUUCGGCACUGGUAAACAUCACAACUACAUACCGGUGCAUGAAGUAGCAAAUCAUUUAGGCGCAGAUAAAGCAGAAGCUUUAAGAGGCUAUCAUGUGUUUACAGGGUGUGACACCGUUUCAGCGUUUUAUUCUAAGAGCAAAACGUUGACUUGGAAUACUUGGCAACGAUAUCCCGAGGUUACUGCAGCUUUCAAAGGGUUAUCUAAUCCACUCGAAGAAAUGCCCGAGAAUGUAUUUAAUACGUUAGAAAAAUAUGUGGUGCGGCUAUACUGUGGACAUGUUGACAUCAUCAGUGUAAACGAUGCAAGAAAAUUCUUAUUCACAACAAAAAAUAGGUCGCUCCAAAACAUUCCUCCAACAAAAGAUGCCCUUAAAAUGCAUAUUAUGAGGGCAGCUUAUCAGGCAGGGCAAGUGUGGGGACAAGCCCUAAAAUCACUGCCUGAAAUUGUCUCGCCGAUGAACUGGGGAUGGACUGACACAGGGGAUGUAUGGAAGCCGACAUGGAUCACGCAGGCCUAUAUCUGGGAAUCUGUCAGCCAGCUUACCAAAUGUUCCUGUAAAAAAGGUUGCAGAGGUCGAUGUUCCUGCAGCCAAAAAGGGUUGCAAUGCACGCAGUUAUGUAACUGCAGAGGAAACUGCGACAAUUCAAGUAUAAUAGACAGCGAGGCAUUAUUAGACGAAAUGGAAGACGGCACGGAAGAUGAUAUUCCGUAAUAAUAAACCACGACGCGACGUUUCUUUUGAUUAGAUAUAAUUAAUAAAUAUUGAAAAAUAAGGCGUUUUAGAUUACUUUAUACAUGAAUCUCAAUAACAGCCAUUAUUUAGAGACGCCUAUAUUAUCUGAAACUGCACUAUCUUUUUUGUCAGAAGAGUGAGGUCAAAAACAGGUCUUUUUAAUUUAUAAUGUUCUUUAUACUGUGACGAGAUGUAUUUUUUUCAUGCAUAUUAUAACUUUUUCAUCCAUCAUGUGGGUACUUUUUGAAGAGGAGAUGAAAUGGGCUUUCUAAAUAAAUUAUUGUAAUUUUAUUAUCUGUUAAAUCAAAAAUGAUAUGGAAGACUUUGUGCAAAAAAAGAAAAAUGACAAUUUUGAUUUUUUUCUUUUUUUUGCGUUUCUGUGAAAAAUAUUGCAAAAUAAUUAGCAGAAAUGAAUUCUACGUGUUUGAUUUACUCGAAAUUGAUACCAAACAUAAGCUAGUAGCUACUAUGCUAGUGACAGGAAUCCACCCUAAUAAAAAUAAAAAAAAAUUACAUUAAAAAAAAUGUGGCUCCCCUUCUUAAAUCAUUCUUUCAGUCCUGAGGACUAAUGCUGCAAAAGGAAAUUGCUUAAUCAUUAAUCGCCGUAUAAUUUAGUCUACACUGGCA